CCCAUUUCUCUCCACUCUUUUUAACGACGCCUCAACCUCGCGUUCCCCUUCUGCAGAUUCUCUUGACUACGCCUUCUCCUGAUUAUCUUUGUCUCUCUUCGAUCACAUCGAUCUCUGCUCAGAAACCAACCCCAAUUCACGUAUUUACACCAUGACCCUUGGCUCGGGAGGAUCCAGUGUCGUAGUCCCUCGAAAUUUCAGGUUGCUAGAGGAACUUGAACGUGGAGAGAAGGGAAUUGGAGAUGGUACCGUAAGUUAUGGGAUGGACGACGGAGAUGACAUUUACAUGCGGUCCUGGACUGGCACCAUCAUUGGUCCACACAAUUCGGUACAUGAAGGACGUAUAUAUCAGUUGAAGCUAUUCUGUGACAAAGAUUAUCCAGAGAAGCCUCCCAGUGUUCGUUUCCAUUCUCGGAUUAACAUGACUUGCGUAAACCAUGAAACUGGCGUGGUGGAACCAAAAAAGUUUGGGCUUCUAGCAAAUUGGCAGCGGGAAUACACGAUGGAAGACAUACUGACGCAGCUGAAGAAAGAGAUGGCAGCUCCACACAACCGUAAGCUGGUCCAGCCUCCUGAAGGAACCUAUUUCUAGUGUAAAGAUAUGAAGGUCUUAUCGACCAUAUGCUGAUUUUAUAGUUCAUAUCAUUUUAGUAAUUUGGUGUUAAGAUGUAAAGGGGAAUGACUCAGAAAGCUUUCUCCUCUCAACUCCCUCGGAUUCAUGAUAUAUUUUCCUGUUGUACUCCUUUGUACUAUGCUGUUGCGAUGUUUGAUUGAUGGGAUUUCAUCUGUGUGACAAUCAUUAAAAACAUAUCAAGUCAUCACAAUAGUAUUUCUGUUCGUGGAUUCUCA